AUGAUGACUCCUCUUCAGCAAAGCAUUUGGAAUAUGAUUAAAUGUUUCCGGAGAAAUUGGCGCUUAUUUUCAGAUUCAGAAAGGACUACAGUGUGUGGGGCAGAUUGUAUGCUGAUGGCUUUGCACUUAUCUGUUGCUGAAAUUAAUAAGAAGCUUUGUGGUGAGUUUAAAGCAUCUCUUAGUGAAGUGAUAUUAUCUUGGAAUUACUUUGUUCCUGACAAGUUAGGUAUAUUACAUGAAAAUGCAAAAGCUCCUGAAAAUUAUGCAGACAUCCGAAAUACUUAUGCUAGCUUUUUAAAGCACUGCAAUAUGAUGGAUCUUGUAGAUACAUAUAUAAAAUGUGAGACACUAGGACUGCAAAUUGAACCUAUAUCUUCUGUACAAUUGUUAGAAUUUAUUGCUGGAACAGCAGAUUUAACAAUCAGUUGUACUGAUUAUGCAUUCUCCACACCAACAAGAAGAAUGAACCAGGAUAAGGAAGAGCUGCCAAUGAUGGUGAAGAAAACUUUGUAUGCAUAUUUAACCUUACUGGUUAAUUCCAAAAACGAUUUGGCUUUUGCUCAUAUUCUAAACAUUCCUGAUAGAAAACUUGGAAGAGAGGCUUUUACUGACCUAAAGCAUGCUGCCCAGAAGAAACAAAUGUCUAUAUUUCCGAUGGCAACUUCAUUUAUACGUGCUAUAGAACUUGGAGGAAAAGGAUAUGCUCCUUUACCAACUGAUCCUUUAAGAAGCCAUGUAAAGGGGCUUUCUCAGUUAAUUCACUUUAUUGAUAAAUUAGAAGAAAUUAUUGGUGAAGAUCUGGAUUCAAGACAUGCAGGAGGCCGAAUCCUCUCAACAAUCAAGAUGCAGUUGAUAAAAGGCCGAAACAGCGGGGAUGCUUUCUGUCAAGCAGCAGAGGAAGUUGUACAAGAUUUGGAUUUGAGGAUUAAAAAUAUUAUCAGUUUUCAGCAUGAGGUUGUGGCAGCCAGCACUACUGGAAUCAGUCCAGCCCGACCAAAACUACAUUCUAUAAACCAUGACACUGUUUACUGUGGAAGAGAUACUGUGAAGUCCUUAUUGGCUGUUUUAGAUGAAGCAGCUAGUCAUCCUCCUUUCAGCAACAAAGCUCUUUUGUUAUUUGGAUGUGAAGAAUUUGGAUUUCCUUCUGCCAUGUUAUUGUUCAAAUCUCCAACACAGUCCAGGGGAUCUUCUCCCAAAGCUCUGAGACAGCGGAUUCAAAUGGCAGUAUGUGAAAAAAUUAAGCUGAAGCAACCUUUAAUUAGAUCCCAGUUUGCUUGCACUUAUAAAGAUGACCAAAUAAUCAAGCCAAAGAAUCAACCCUUCAAUUCAUCAGCAGAUGUGUAUCCAGCACUCCAAAAAACAGCAGCUUCUCAUACUGAAGACAGAUCAACUUCAGAAAGCCUGACUUCAUCGCUUGAAAAUACUACACUUGGAACUGGUUCUGAAAAUGUUUGUCAGAAUGGAAAUACAAGAAAUGAAAUAGGAAAAUUAAGUUGCCAGCCAGAGAACAAGAAUCCAAAGAGGAAGCUGGUGGACAGAACUAGUGAAAAUGUCAUAUUCACUAAUGAAAAUGAAACAUCACAGUAUAAGAAACCCAAGACUGUAGUGAAAUGCCAAAAUAGUUUAGACAGCAAACUAAAAGAACCCCAAAAAUCCAAAAAGGCUGUACCCAAAAAGAAGCUUAUUAUUGGGCAAGCGAAACUAACUCAGUUCUUUAGGUUGUAAAUGUCAGUGGCUUAAAAGGGGGAAAAAAAGAGACUAUAUUAAGAUUCCAUUGCAAUCAUGA